GAGGCUUCUCUAUCACUGGAGGACACAGCUGGCAAGGAACCCACCAGGCUGCCAACAUGAAAUGCCUUGAAGGUCUGCACUUACAGCAGAGACCAAGCAAAUUCUCUGUCCCCUUGGCUCCUGAAGAAGGCUUAGUGUGUGCCUUCCAACGGGAGGAAGAGAAGGAGAAUGAAGAUGAAUUUGUGUGUUCAGAUCAGGCUCCAGAAGUGAAGGAGGAAGGGUGUGGUCUCGGGGAUCCAGCCAUAGUGAGCGCCUUCCAAAAUACCCAAGUACCACAGCAGAGAGGGCUGCACAGUUCCCCCAGAGUCAAGGCCUCUGGUGCCUUGGGGACAUCACCAGCCUCCCUGCAUUUUAUGUGGCAGAUGAAGAAGCAACCCCAAGAGAGGCAUCAGUAUGGGGUGGACAGCCACGUCCUGGAAACGAGCUUGUCUGUGUUUCCAAGAGCCAGUUCUCCAGCCCAUCAUUUUGGACCGCAACAGCCUUCACCAGAUCCUUUUCUGUUCUACAGCCCACUGACCCCGUGGCCCCCUAAACUCAGCCUUCCCAGUCAUCUGACCCAGCUCCACCCUCAGCACCAGCAAAUCCUGCAGCAGCAGCAGCAACGGUGGCGUCGUCGGAGGCGGAGUCCAACAGCAAGAAGUGUCCCCGCCCAGAAGCCUUGGUCUCGAGAGCCAGACGCCUCAGAUGCCUAUGCUAACCUCAUGACCCGAAAAGAGAAGGACUGGGUGAUAAGAGUGCAGAUGGUUCAACUGCAGAGUGAGAACCCCCGCCUGGAUGAUUACUACUACCAGAAGUACUAUCAGAAGCUGGAGAAGAGACAGGCAGACAAAGAGCUGCUUGGACAGAAGAACAGGGCUGAGUCUCUCAAGUUGGUCACGCCUUACAUCCAGAAGUCUGAAGUUUAUGAGUCAGUGGUACGGAUUGAGGGUUCCCUGGGCCAGGUAGCUGUAUCAACAUGUUUUAGCCCUCGCCGAGCUAUUGAUGCUGUAUCUCACGGAACUCAAGAGCAGGAUACAGGAGCUGCGAGCAGCCAGAGGCUUCGGGUAUUAUCCCAGAUUGAGAAGAUGUUCCUUCAGUUACUAAAAAUAGAGGAGGGCCAGAAUGAUGGGCUCGCACAACUCUACCACACGCAGGAACAGAGCAACCAGGUUGAGAAGCUCUUUCAGGCCUUAAAGACCCAGGAGCAGAACAACCUGGAGGAGGCAGCAGAUAACCUUCUGCAAGUGCUGUCUGUGAGGAAAGGGAAAGUUUUGGUGGCUCGGCUGCUUCCCUUCCUGCCCCCGGAUCAAGCUGUUAGCCUCCUCCUGUACAUCACCUACCAUCUGCCCCUCCUGAUCCAGAGGGACAUGGCUGACCAGGGUCUACACAUGCUAUUCAAACCUCUGGGGAAAUAUAUCAGCCACCUGACCUUCCAUCAGCUCCUCCAUGCAAUGCAAGGGCUAAUGUUGCUAUCACCUGGCUCCUCAGAGCGGCCAGUCUCUGUGGUACUUCAGAAUCAGUUUGGGAUAUCUCUGCUAUAUGCCUUGCUGAGUCAUGGAGAGCAGCUGGUAUCCCUGGAUCCUUCUCUCCAAUCCAGCAGUGACUGUGCAGCCUGGACAGACUUGGUGAUUCUGAUUGCCUGGGAGAUAGCUCAGUUGCCUGCAGCAUCCUUGGCGGAGCCUCUAGCCUUCCCCAGGAAUCUGCUUCCCUGUUCUGCCAUCACAUGGACAAGCAAUUAGUUCAGCAGCUGGAAGCCAGAAUGGAGCUUGCCUGUAUCUACUGAUGUAUUAGUUAAUGUGAGAAGCUGAAAUAUCAGAAACGGAACUCCAUCACCUGUCUACAGUGACAGUUGAGGCCAUUUCCUAUGCUUUGUUAUGUUGGAGGACCCUGCCACAUUGUCAUAUCCUGUCUUAAAGUCUAGGUGACUUGCCUAAAAUUAAGGCAUGACUACUUUAGAUAUGAUUAAAGAA